AUGCGAAAAUGGCUUUCCAGAUUGGGUGCAGGUUCACCUUCCAAUCUUACAACAAGUUCCACUUAUUCUACACCUUCCCCAAACUCUCAUGGUUCACCGUCAGUGGAACGGUUUUUUGGUCAAAGCCCUGAUGUAAUUCCUCCUCCUCCAACAUCUCCCGAUAGCAAUCCAAGCAAUUGGAACGCUGAUUUUGCAUCUAAUCCUACCUGUUGGGAAAAUUUUUUCGAUGUCUAUUGGGAACAGGUUGAAGCGCUCAUUGAAGAUUUCGGUGAAGUGACGCAUUCAAAGGUUUUAAGUUUUCUUCGGCUGUUGGGAAACAUGACCCAACUGCUGAUGAUGGAGAUGAAUGCUCAGCCUGAGCCUGCUAUCGGCCCUAUACUUGAUCGGUAUUUUAUAAAUCAAAUAAUGGAGAGGGUUGUUGAUUGGGCUAUAGAGUCCCCACAGUUUCUCGCUCCAACCUGUCAAGUUGGGUUGGUGCGCAUUUACGAAAUGAUCGUCUCUGAGAGUCAUACUCCUAGUCACUGUUUACUUGUACAUAAACCAAUUUUGCUUCCUCUCAUAAAACUUUUGGAGUGGUGUAGGUCUAGCGCAGAAAAGAGGAGUUAUACACCGUCUAAUACUGACAAACACUUUGUUCUACUUCUGAACCAAAUAUGCACUAAAAUGGCUGAGGAUGCCACCUUGCUCCACUUUUUUUUUACAUUUAGUGGAGAUCAGGAAGAGCAGUUUCUGGUUUUUAGUCUUUUGGUCCCUUAUUUGUAUGAUUGCGGAGAUGUUGGUCAGCUUGCUCGCGACGCACUUCUUCUUGUCCUUUCAGUGUCGAGGAAACUUAAGUGUGUGGCUGCUUUUAUAGCGUCUAAGUCAAAUUUUUGUCCCGUUGUUGCAACAGGUCUCUCUGGUUGUUUCUCACAACUUCCCACAAAUAUAAUGCUUGGAUUACAAGUUGACGAUGACUGGCAUAAAGUUACUUCGUUUGACUUAGAAGCACAGCCAGCGUUGGGAGAUUUCCACUCAUCUUUAUUGUUUUGUAACGCUGUUGUUCAGGCCGGACAGGAGGAUUUGGUAUCUGCAACAGUUUAUUAUCACCUUUGUUUAGAUGCCAUUACUGAAGCUCCAUUGAUUCAGGCUCUCUUGAAACUUUUAAUUGUUGAAGAAAGCCAGAAAGGCAAAAAAGUGAUUGAGGUUAUUAUAGAAAGGAUAUCGAAUGGCAAUCGACUAAGUCAAGUAAGCCUCUCUUUAUUGCGAGCUAUAAUUGAAUUACGCUGCGAAGAUGUUAUGAUCGAUCUCAUAUUCAAAUAUUUAAUUCCCUGUACAUACCUCCAGCCAAAUCAGUUUCCAGCUCUUAGAAAUCGGGCUUAUGUAAUUACAACAGCCAAAUAUCUUUUAUCACUUAUUCCCGAGUGUACUUUGAAGUCAUCAAUGUUGUGUUCUCAAGGAACCCUUCAAAGUUACCUUGAAGAAGCAAGGAGGUUGGUGCAGCUAACGGCGGAUUCUUGUGCUUCUAGUUGGAAAUGGGCAUAUGAUGGCCUAAAUCCUGCACCGUCUUCUUUUUGCUCAAGCUCUGAGGAAGAUAAUGUCAUAAAUAUUUCUUCGUUUAAACGCCAGUCUUCAUUACGUUCAUCGUUCGCUUCUGCUAGAAAUGGUUUGAAUAGAUAUUUUGCUGGUCAUACGCAUCACACCACGGCUGAAAGUUUGUCUCAACAAGCUCCUCUGCCUGAGCUCGGGCAGCCUGAAGAUCCUGCUCGACCAUCCUUUCUUUUAGAUGAGCCUGAUUCUCCAUUUUCGGAGUCAGAUUUUAACGAACUUGUUAUCACACCGAUCACGCCGAAUCCCGCUAUGAUGACUACGUCGAUAGAUUACUUUCAGUUUGCUUACGAUGAAGUUUCGGAAUCUGGAGGGGAAGGAAUGAAUAUAAAAAAUGUAGUCGACGUAGAUCAGAUAAAUUCAACAACAAAUCUUAGUAGUGAAAGUAGGAAAACUAGUUCAGCCAGUGGAGGAUUUGAUACCGACAUGGAAGUCAAAAAAUCUUUUGUGUUACGUGGCUGGGGCGAAAUCAAGGAUAUGGAUACAUUCAUGGAUCUUCUUGGACGCGUUUCUGUUCCCGCAAAGUCAAAAUAUUCGUUGCAAGAAAAUCUUGCUCUAAUUGACUCGCGAAUUCAGUAUUUAGAGGAGCUGAAUAUGGGAAAAUUAACUUCGGAAAAAGCUGUGGAAGAAACAGAAACGAAAAGCAGUGAUGAUAAAGAUGUGUUGCUUGUGGUUGGCCAACCCAUAAAGUGCUUCGCCCAUCAAGGUGUGGGACCUUUCUUAGAGUCUCUACUCCGCUGUUUGGAAAAUAUGCUCGAUAACAACUAUUAUUUCAAUUUGCAGUUAACAUCCGUUUUUUCCACCCUUUCAUCGUUCACGCAACCUCUUUUAGCCAGUUACUUUUUUGAUUUAAAUUUGGCUGUUCGACCCGGAAUUAAAAGACUUUUUAAGAUCUUAGAUACCCUCAAGACUCGAAUUGAUGCUUUUGCAACGUCUGUAGAAGGGUUUGACGUUUUGUUAGAAAGAGGGGUCAAACUUCUCAGGACGAAAGUGGAUCGCUUUGAAAAAGUCAUGGAAAACAAUAAGUUCCACUAUGCUCGGAAUCAGGUGUAUCCUGACGAAGCAUUACUGAGGAACGGGUUUGCUCUUUGCGACCGACCAGAGCCUUCUGGGAAUAGUUUUCUAAGGUUCAGGCCUUUUGGCGGUAGUAUGCGCAGAAAUGAGCCAAAAAAUUCCCUCCGUCCACAUUCUUUCCGGUAUUUCUCACAUAAAGCGAUCGAAAGCCAGCGUGUCACUAUGGACCAAGCACGGGCCAAACAGAUCGUUUUUGCAGCCAUCUUGCUGUCGCAAUUUUGCCAGGAGCUAUCAGCAAUUCUUUUACAUCACUCGAUCGUUGUUCCACAACCUACUUCCGUUGCAGGUCUACGUUAA